GUGCGUGAGGCCUACCAGCCUGAUGACAUUUCGUGCUUUUGACAACCGCUACUGUGUUUACCAACAUCCAAUAAUCCUCUACUUUUCGGGAUGGCGAUGGCAUCGCAGGGAAUGUUCCAAAUUUGUCGGUUUUGCUUGUGCCAAGAUGAAGCAUUACUGAUUCCACUAGAGGAUAUAUUGGAUUUCGGUCUUGCCUUCCCAGAUGUAAUCGCAGUUACGGGAAUAGAGAUAAAUGAGGACAACAUAGCAUCAUACGCCAUGUGCUUGGAAUGUACAACCAAAUUGAAAAGCUCUGUCGCCUUCCGGAAUUGCUGCCUAAGCAAUGAGUCUCACUUUCAAGAGCUUUGCGCUGUUCUGUCUGCCAGUGUUAAAGAAACGCGUACUAAAAUUAGUAACAAAAUCGAAUUGGUUGAUAGCUCGGAUGAAUCAAUGGAUUUGGAUCUGGACUUCUUAGACACGAAUAUCGAAGAUUCUCCUGGAAGUCCACAAAGCAAUGGAGAGCCCUCUCACAAUGAAAAUGUUAUUGAGGAGCCUGAGGAAACGUCACAAUCUAUCAAUGCUAAAGAAGAAAUAUUUUCGUACUCUGCCAAUUACAUCCCGCCGGGAGAAACCGUAUUUUCCGAAGAAGAGUAUGAUGAACGGUAUGAUUGGGACAUCAGGUUAAACCCGCCGGUUGCGCCCAGGCCUAGGUUUAAAGAGCCAUACAGAAGGACCAGAGUGCAUCUUUGUGAUAUAUGUGCCCUAUUGACCACAAGCUUUGGAUCACACAUGAAAAAUCAUGCAGAAGAAGGCACAUUCAGUUGUCCGCACUGUCCAGCAAAAUUCAAGCAAAAAAACAAUUUAGCACCACAUAUACAAACUGUGCAUUUGAAAACAGUUACGAAAACGUGCAAGAUAUGCGGCAAAGGAUUCGUUCACCACAAAACGUACAGAUAUCACAUGUUUACUCAUCAAGAUGAAGGAAAAACCUUCGAAUGCAAGGAUUGUUCGAAAACCUUCAAGAACUCUAUUUACUUGAGAGAUCACAUGAAAAGGGUUCAUAAUGCGGCCCAACCAAUUAGAAAGAAAUACUCAGGAGAAAGUAGCGGAAGGAAACGAAGCAGAUCCAAUACUGUGAUCGAACAAGUAAAAGAUUGAUUGCAAUAAUUCUAUUUGACUAUUUUGCUCAACUCUCUAGGUAUUCUGGGACCCUAUCUGCUGCCCGUUAUUUUAGCUUUGAAAACCUUGGCUCCUCGUUGAGCUUGCCCAGAUUGUUGCCUAGUAACUUCCUAUCUGACUGACUUACCUGCACUCCUUUCCGUAGUUUGUUUUUAUGUACAGACUAUUUUCCGUUUUCUCGUCCCCCUUUACGGUUAAAAUGACCCAUUACUUGGUUGAAUUCGGGUUUUAAUUUCACGGAGUAUUUCCAAAAGCUUGGCUAUCUAAUGUGUCACGAGCACAUUGAUCAGAUUGGAUUAGUCCUAAGUUAUACACUACAUUGUAAAAGCCAAACGGUAUUCAAUAAAAUAAAAU